CCUCUCACAACGCCCCGCGUCCGAAGUUGAACUCGAGCGAUGGCUCAUGUACUGGAGCGUCCUGGGCUGUAUUCUCGCGGUAGAAUACGUUGCAGAGUGGCUUAUAUUCUGGAUCCCGUUCUACUUCACCCUCAAAACUCUCUUCCUUCUUUGGCUCGCGCUCCCACAAACUGCGGGCGCAUCCAUCCUCUACUCGACACGCAUCCAGCCCUUCUUUGCCGCACACGAAAAGGAGAUUGACUCCGCUCUUACGCAGCUCAAGAAUUACGUGUACAACUACCUCCAGCGGCUCCUCCGCAAUGCCUGGGGCCACGUCGUCGCCUCAACGAACCAGGCUCCGGGAGGCGAAGCGCGCCCGGACGCUCUCGACGAAGGUGGCCUCACAGGCGAGGCCGCCGUGCACUCAGGGAACCCACCGACGCUCUCCGACCCGCUCUCAGGGCCCGCGCAGCUCGUGCAGACCUUCUGGCGGAGCUACGGCCCUAUGGUCGUCGCGGCGGGCUCGGGCUUCAUGCGUCAGGCGCAGAGCACUGCGCGUGCGAGCGCGCAGGCCACCGAGGAGGCUAUGGACACGCCGCCCGCGGGCCCGAGCCGGCUCCAGUCGUCGUCGUCCGUCCUCCAAUCCGUUCUCGACCGCCGCCGCCAGCUCGAGGCGGAGCUUGCGGCGCUCGACACGCACCCCGGCCUCCAGGGCUACGACGUCUCGGAGCCUGCGCGGCCCUUUCCGCCUGCGGACGGGCACACACGCACCUCGUCGCCGUCGUCGCUGCGCGAGCGCCCGGGAAGCGGGAAUGGGAAGUUCGAGGAGGUUGAGGUUCCGAGCGACAUCGAGAGCGAGGACUUGAUGUCCCCUGACGCUGAACGGCCACAAGCAAACAAGGGCUGGUUCGGAUGGAGUGGAAAACCCCAAGGAUAUGAGAGAGUGAAGACCGAGUGAAUGACAAUUAUGCCCAAGCUAUCAUCCGCUACUCAUCUAUUCUCUUGAAGGUGCUUGUGAUGUGCAUGUG